CCAGAACCAAUGCAAUAGAUAAUACCGUGAAAAACCCGGUCUCAGGGUAAAACUGGCAAUCCAGCAGCCGGUAUAAAAUAGAAGUUUCCUGUAUUUUUUGGAGGGAUUUUAUUAUUCUAUAAUUAAUUAUUUGUUGUGGAGCGGUCGGUGUCGGUGGAUGUCGUGGUUAAUGGUUAUGGAAUGAACUUAAGUUACCAUGGAGUAGGACGCGAGGGAGAUUAGUUUCUUUCAUUGAGAAAAUUUAUGUUAAGAAACUAAAAGGUAUAAAGAAAAUAAAACACAUUUAAUUAAAAAAGAUGGGGAUCACUGGGCUGUUACCUUAUUUGGAAAAAGCUACAAGGCCAUGUCACAUUAGCGAAUUUAGAGGUUGCACAGUGGCAGUCGAUUCAUACUGUCUGCUCCACAGAGGUGCCAAUGCUUGUGCCGAACAGCUGGCAAGGGGCGAAGAUAGCAGACUAUAUGUUGAUUAUUGCGUAAAAUUCAUUAAUAUGCUUCUAAAAUACAACAUCCAUCCUAUAUUGGUGUUUGAUGGACAAAACUUGCCAGCUAAAGCCCAAACUGAUGCCAAAAGACGUGAAUCUCGCAAAAAAGCUAAACAAAGAGCAGCUGAAUUAUUGAAACUGGGAAAGAGUGAAGAAGCUCGCACAUAUUUAAAACAAUGCAUAGAUAUUACUCCUAAAAUGGCGCAUAAUCUUAUUAAAGAAUGUCAUACAAUGAAUGUAGAUUGUAUAGUUGCGCCAUAUGAAUCUGAUGCUCAAAUGGCAUUUUUGAACAUCAAAGGUAUCGCUGACUGCGUUAUCACUGAAGAUUCUGACUUGGUUUUAUUUGGCUGUUCCAAGGCAUUGUAUAAAUUAGACUUAAGUGGCCAAGGACGUUUAGUGGAGGCGGAAAAAAUAAAUCUCGCAAUGAAAAUGAGACCUGAUCAGUAUACAUUUGAAAAAUUUAGAUAUAUGUGCAUACUAUCUGGCUGUGAUUAUAUUAGUAGCCUAAGUGGCAUAGGACUUAAGAAAGCAGAAAAGUUUAUAAAACUAACCGUUGAAACAAACCCAGAAAUAUUUCUUGAUAAAAUACCAAGAUACUUGAACAUGAAACACUUGGAAGUAACAAGGGAGUAUAAAGAAGAAUUCCUUAUAGCAAACGCCACAUUUCUUCAUCAAGUGGUGUACAACCCAUUUGAAAGAAAACUUGUACAUUUAACUGAUCCAGAUAUUCGUGGAACUAAGCCGGCGUACUUAGUUAACGCGGGCGUUUUAGAGAACAACAUUAGGGCAACUCAAGUUGCUUUAGGAAAUCUAAAUCCAUAUAAUUUUGAGCAGUAUGAUGAUUGGCAUCCUUCCAAGGUACCUAACCAUAGCAUUUGGUCCAAGGUAUACCAAAAACGAAUAUCUGCAACAAAACAGAAACAAUUACAGAAGGAUGUUCUCGAAAAUUUCGUCAAGGGAAAGAAUGUCAAAUCUAAAUCCAGCGAAGAAGCUGAAGAAGAAGAAGUUGAGGUGGAACAGGACCUGUCUAUGUACUUGAAGAAACCUGCAACUAAAGAGAAUAUGGAUACAAAAACAACCGCCAAGGAAGACAACGUUGAAAUAAAAUCACGAUCACCAUUAUCAUUAAAAAAUCCGUUUUUUAAAAACAAGCUUAGUAAAUUUCCCAAAUCAAAGUCAUGCGAUACUUUAAUAGUAAAAAGUAGGUUUUUUGAGGAUAGCGUCUUUACCAUUCUCGAACCCUCAAACAAUGAAACAAUUUCGCCUGACAACGAAAACUCGGAAAAUAUCACUAAGAAUUUUUAUCAUCUGCGGGUUGCACCUAUUGCAAAUGAUGAGGAGAUUAUUCAGGAAAAAAGUGCUGCUGUUACUAGCAUCUCCAAUUUUGCGUUUAAAAUAGAGUGUACAGAUAAGGCAAUGACUAUUGAAAGAUGUGGUCCUCCUACACCGACCUCAGAACUUAAGGUUAAAGAAAAUCAGAAAAAUUCCUCUGGUAAUGAGGACAGUAUCGAGAUAUUUAAAAUACGGAAUUCAUUGAAAAUAGAACCUGCAGAUGAGGACAAAGAUUUGUCCUUUGGGACGUACUCCAGUAUCAAAGUUAAUAAGGAACCUGAAACAAUUUUCGAGGGUACAGAGGAAGAGGAGAUACUAGUGGAACCUGAUGUAGAAACUGUUGCAAACAAUUCGGCACUAUCAAAUAAAUUGGGUGAAAAUUUUUCCAAAUCAGGGAUUGAUUUGCUUGGCGAGAUACAUGAUGGUAUUAUUAUGAUUGACAGCGAUGAUGACAGCAUUCAACAACAGCAUUCGCAGAUACCACUUUCCCCAGAGCAACCGACCAAAAAGCGUAAACUGAACAAUCGAAAGAGUAAACAAACAUCUUUACACUCUUUUUUUCAUACUAUAAAAAAACAGUAGUGAGAUUUUUCCUAAGUCAUUUUAGUAUUAAGUAUUUUUAAGAGAUAUCAUAUAUACAGUGUGGCCUGAAUUGGUUAUACAUGUAUGAGUAUCUUAAAAACUCUUAGAGAUAAAAAAUUAGUUAACUGGGGAAAGUUGUAGGGUAUUCAAUUGCCAAUCCAAUGCCGCUUUGAGAAUAAUUUUUUUAUCUUUUUUCGUUUUUGAAAUAUUUUGAAAAAAUCAAAAAGUUAUAUUUUCAAAAAAUGCUGUUUUUUUACUGGGACAACUUUUUAAGAGCAAUGCAUCUCUGCAUUCAGUUUUUAUUUUUGACGCUUCAAAAAAUUCUUUAUUUUUAUGUCAAAAAAUUACAAAAUUCAUUUUUUACGAGUUACGAGUACAUGAAGGCCUUUUGCCUACAUAACUAUUGUUCUAUCGAUGUUGACGUAAUUACUAACUUUUCUUUACUAUUACAUUAUUUUAGGUAAUCUCUAAAUAACACAACAUACUACUUGUAAUUAUAUUAUUAACCUAGAAGUAUUAAUUUUUAUUUUUCAUAUAAGUUGGUAAAACUCAUUAGAGAGUAUGGGUCGUGUUGGACCCAGUUGGGCAGAUAAGUAUGCAAUUUUACCUUAUAAGCAAAGUAAUAAGACAUGUUUCAAAACCAAUAUAUUUGUUCUGUAUAAAAAAUCAACAAUUGCAAAAAAAUUAUUGUUAGUGAUAUAAUAUAAAUCAUUUGUCAUGUAGAGCUACCAUACAGUGCUGACAGGCCGUUACUGUUUUAUUUUUACUCAACUUACAUCUGCGUCUUGUCUGGUUUGUCAAUAUCAAAUGUUGUUCUUGCCUGCGUGUUUCAGGACUUACGAAAUAAUGUGUUGGACUUGUGGAUGGGGGUUGCUUACCAUAUUUUUGCAAAAUCGCUACGAGCGCUGUUCUUUGAAGUUCUAACCAACAAGUUUUUCACCAUUUUUUUUUUUUGACAAAAUCCAAAAGUUGCUCAUAGACACAUCAACUAACCAAAAUAAAAUAGGAAUAUACCACCCAUCCGAUAAUUCGCAAUAUUGCUAUCCACCUGGUCUACACCACCCAUGAAUUUGUUGUAAAAACGUAGUGCUUGAUUGAUUUCAAUCUUUUUUUUUUCUUUUGACGAAUAUCGUUUAGCUUUUCGUUUGGGAUCGACCCCAUAUUCAUUGGACAACAUUGUUACGAUUACGAUUGUUACUCUUCCUGAUCAACACAACUUUCAUACAGCCUUCUAUCUUCCUUUUUCAUUGAAAAGAGUAUUUUAGUGGACACUUAUCAGUUCGGUUUUCUCUUACCGUGCCGGUAGCACCAAAUCCCAUAAACUUGAUACCAUCAAAUGUAUUUUUUAAUAUGUUUGCAAAAUUGGUAACAACCGAUUCACCCAGCCCAAGGUGCGCCCUAUUUUGAUCAUCAAAGUUCACACAAUAGAGCUCAAAGCAAUGACCCAUGCCUUGUAACCGAAACGAAUAGGUUUUCCCCGUAUAAACUGUUUACAAUCAUUUCUACCAAAAUAUAGGAUCAUUGACUCAUCAAUAGACAGUAUGAACUAACCGGGGCAUACCGUAGAAACAAGUUGUUCUGUUAAAAUCACACAUCAUUUCGUACUUGUUCUUUAGGUACUAUAGCUCUCACAGCCGAAAUAUCUCUUCCAAAAGAUUAAAAUACUUUUGAUCCGUUAGUGUAUGGUUAUAAAUAACUGGCUCUGUAAGGUGAUUAUCUAAAAGCAAAUUAUAACAAUUAAAAAUAAUUCUUUGAACUGAGUGAUUAACUUAUACAUACCACACCACUUAUUAAAUCCAAAUCUUAGUUGUAGCCUACGUUCAGCCACCCCAUGAUGAUUCUCAAUCGCCCAAAAAUGACGAUUAUGUCUGUUAAAUAUACUUAGCAAUUACUUAAUAUUAUAGUAAUAGUAAAGAAAAGUUAGUAAUUAUGUAAUCAUCGAUAGAACAAUAACUAGGAAGUUAAUAGUAAUUGACUGUACGACAAAAUGUCUCUGUAGUCAUGGCCAACCAAGCGAAAAAUAAAUUUUGUCAUUUUUUGACAUAAAAAAAUAUUUUUAUAAAGUGUCAUAAGAAAAAAAUAACUUGAUAAUGCAUGCAUUGCGCUUAAAAAGUUGUCCUAAUAAUGUGUUUACAAUUCUAAAACGCAACUUUUAGAUUUUUUUAAAACAUUUCAAACACAAGAAGAUAAAAUCGUUUCCAAAGCGGCAUUGGAUUGGCAAUUGAAUACCGUAUAACUUUUCCCAUUUAACCAAUUUUCUAUCUCUUAUAGUUUCCAAAAUACCAAUAAGUGUAUACGCAAUUCGAGCUACACUGUAUAUAAUUUAUUUGUUUGUUUUUUUUUGUGAUGUGCAUCUUUUUUAGGAGUUUUUUACUAGAAACUAAAAAAGUUGUUAAAGUCUUGAAUUCAUGUUAUUUUAUUAUUUUUUUAAAGACCUGACUGUUUUAGAGUUCCAUUUUUUGUACCGUUUUUAAUUAUAAUUUUAUUUUUUUAGCAUAGAAAAGUUAUUUGAUAACGAUUUAUAACAUUUGUUACCAUGAAAAUAAAAAAGU